CAUAUGUAAUAUUUUCAUUAAGAGUAAUCAAAAGCCAACAAUUUUACUUUUAUUAUUAUGUACAAAAACUCGUAAAAUAUGUAACUUUUUCAUUGAGACUGCUCAAAAUUCCACAGUUUUAUAUUCAUAUAUAAAUCAUCUCUUCAUAAUAUUUCGUAUAAUUGAGACAAGUUUGAGUGAUCAGACGCUUUUAAUCUGUAAUUGAUAUGGACCAUAGUCACUCGACCGAAGUACUACAGAUUGCAUUAGGCUCGCCAGAACAAAAAUCAGACAGAAAAUAUGAAAACAGCUUGGUUGGUCGAACUGAACAAUUAUCUCCGAUCAUGCAUCUAAACUCCAGUUCCGCCGGCGCAAAUACUAACAACACUGUUAUAAAUCUUCAGAGAAAUAGCGAGAGGUCGUCAGCUGGCAAUGGUGACGUAGACAAUCAAAAAGCACACCUGGCUAAGAACAUUAGAACGUCAUCGCCUUCCUCUUCAAAUGAAUCUGGAUCUAUGUUGAUGAUGAAAGACGGCUUAAUGAACGCAAAAAAAUUCUCAUCAGAUUAUUUGAGUUUCGACGAUCGUAAAAUAAGCGAGAUUAAAAAACCCGAAGCAAGAAAAUACAGCGAAGAGCCGAGAUAUGAUUCGAAAAUCGAUUCAAAAAUAAGUGAGGAGUUUUCGAAACGAAGGAGCAGUUCGGAUCUAGCGAUACGUGAACAAAAUACGAGACGACAAGAGAAUGAGAGGACUCGGUACUCGAAGGCAUCAUUGCGAGAGGGAGCACAAGGUGAGCAGGAGAGGAACACGGCGAACUCCUAUUUAGAAAAGGAGAACAGACAUGACUCAUCGAGAAGAAGUCAUGCUGACUUGAGGAGUAGAAAAAGCGCGUCAGGUAGUGGACGUGGAUCAGUCUCGCGCGGGAAGAUCAACAAAACUGCGGGGAGUGUUAGCAGCAGUGAGUCAUCAGACGCCGUCUUCAAGUCCAAAGACACCACUGCCAUUCUGAAUAUCGGAAGACAGGGCGCCAAACAGGAAAACAAGAAAUUUCCCUCGUCUUACAACUUUGAUCUGCUAAACCUUGUCACAGAUAAGCCACUACGAAAAAUCUACAGCGACGGAGAUUACUCAGCAUUCAGAAACGAAAACACUAAAUUCAUCGGCGAAAACGAAGACCACCUAAAACUGGGCAGAGAAUUCUACAUGUAUAAACAGCAGCUUCUGCAGAACCCAAAAGACAAGGCGUCUCCGGCUCGGGAAGACGAGGGUUUGAGGAUAAGUCUACUAAAAGCUCCUGGGGUCCUAAACGACGAAAACCCUGGAUACCAAUAUAGACCUGUUAGCAAGAAGCAAGAGCCAAAUUUUUACAGAAUAGAGAACCCUAGAUACUCGCAGUUUGAAGUGAAGGCCUGGAUACAAGACAGUAGGUGUGACUGCAAGAAAAAAGGAGUGGAGAGGUAUCUGAAAAGUGUUCUGGAACCGACGGCAACUUCGUAUGACGACGAAUGGAAAGACACGGAGUCAAAAAGGUGUGAAGAAAAGUGGAAACGCGUGAUCAAAGAUUGGUUCCGAGUCUACACUGUUGAGUGUGAGCACAGAGUGUCCAGCUGCACGUUAGAUGUGAAGUUCAAAGUGUCGGUCGAUAAAUUGACGGAGAAAAAAUUGAAGGGAUAUUUGCAGGGUUUCGGAAAGAUAAACCAAGUGCUGUUUGAUUACUCUGUCAGAGGAAUUUACUAAAUAUUUCAAUUCAAAUUUAUAUUUAAUAAAUUCAUCAAUCAUUAUUUCUGA